AUGCCUCUUGUAACGAUGGAACGCGUUGAGACAUUCUCAUCUGCACAUCGUCUUCAUUCACAUAAACUGUCAGAUGAAGAGAAUAAGACUGUCUAUGGGAAAUGCAAUAAUACAAAUGGACAUGGACACAACUAUGUUUGGAGAGUCAUUCUCAAAGGAGAGCUUGACCAGACGACGGGAAUGGUUUUCGAUUUGGCAGAACUGAAGAAGUGUAUGGCUAUCGUUCUCGACACAAUCGACCAUCGGAAUAUUGAUAAAGAUAUUGCGUAUUUCAAAAAUGUGCCGAGCACUUCCGAGAACGUCUGCAUCUACUUGUGGGAGGAGCUGAAGAAACACUUAAGACAACCAAAUAUAUUAUAUAAAUGUGUUGUUGAAGAAACACCCAAAAACAUAUUUUCAUAUAAAGGAAAAUAA